CCCCUCGCCCCCACCCGGGGGGCGUCGCCGCCGCCGCCGCCGCGCUCCGCGCCCCGCAAGACGCCCUCCUGCCCUCCCUCCCGCCGGCCGGGGUGCGCGGGCGGCGGGGCGGCCCUCGGGCCAUGCGUUCGGCUCGGCCCAGCCCGGCCGGCCGGGGGCGGCGCCCCGAGCCCGGGCCCCGCGCGGCCCGCGCCCCCGGCUCCCGCUGAGCCCCGGGGGCCGCACCGUGGCCGAGGCCAUGUUCCCCGUGUUCCCCUGCACGCUGCUGGCCCCCCCCUUCCCCGUGCUGGGCCUGGACUCCCGGGGGGUGGGCGGCCUCAUGAACUCCUUCCCGCCACCGCAGGGUCACGCCCAGAACCCCCUGCAGGUCGGGGCUGAGCUCCAGUCCCGCUUCUUUGCCUCCCAGGGCUGCGCCCAGAGCCCGUUCCAGGCCGCGCCGGCGCCCCCGCCCACGCCCCAGGCCCCGGCGGCCGAGCCCCUGCAAGUGGACUUGCUCCCGGUCCUCGCCGCCGCGCAGGAGUCGGCGGCCGCGGCCGCGGCGGCGGCGGCGGCGGCUGCUGCGGCGGUGACUGCGCCCCCGGCCCCCGCGGCCGCCUCCACCGUGGACACAGCGGCCCUGAAGCAGCCUCCGGCGCCCCCGCCGCCGCCCCCUGCUGUCUCCGCGCCCGCCGCCGAGGCCGCGCCCCCCGCCGCGGCCGCCACCCUCGCCGCCGCCGCCGCGGCCGCCCCGACCUCCGCCGUCGCCGUGGCCCCCGUGGCGUCCGUCUUGGAGAAGAAGACAAAGAGCAAGGGGCCCUACAUCUGCGCCCUGUGCGCCAAGGAGUUCAAGAACGGCUACAACCUCCGGAGGCACGAAGCCAUCCACACGGGCGCCAAGGCCGGCCGCGUCCCCGCGGGCGCCAUGAAGAUGCCCACCAUGGUGCCCCUGAGCCUCCUGAGCGUGCCCCAGCUGAGCGGGGCCGGCGGGGGCGGCGGGGAGCCCGCGGCUGGCGGGGGCGCGGCCGCGGGGGCGCCCGGCGGCGUCGUGACCACCACGGCCUCCGGGAAGCGCAUCCGGAAGAACCACGCCUGCGAGAUGUGCGGCAAGGCCUUCCGCGACGUCUACCACCUGAACCGACACAAGCUGUCGCACUCGGACGAGAAGCCCUACCAGUGCCCUGUGUGCCAGCAGCGCUUCAAGCGCAAGGACCGCAUGAGCUACCACGUGCGCUCGCACGACGGCGCUGUGCACAAGCCCUACAACUGCUCCCACUGUGGCAAGAGCUUCUCCCGGCCGGACCACCUCAACAGCCACGUGAGACAAGUGCACUCAACAGAGCGGCCCUUCAAAUGCGAGAAAUGUGAGGCAGCUUUUGCUACGAAGGAUCGACUCCGCGCGCACACAGUACGACACGAGGAGAAGGUGCCAUGUCAUGUGUGUGGCAAGAUGCUGAGCUCGGCUUAUAUUUCGGACCACAUGAAGGUGCACAGCCAGGGCCCUCACCAUGUCUGUGAGCUCUGCAAUAAAGGCUUCACCACAGCAGCAUACCUGCGCAUCCACGCGGUGAAGGACCACGGGCUCCAGGCCCCGCGGGCCGACCGCAUCCUGUGUAAGCUGUGCAGCGUGCACUGCAAGACCCCUGCCCAGCUGGCCGGCCACAUGCAGACCCACCUGGGGGGGGCCGCCCCUCCUAUCCCGGGAGAUGCCCCCCAGCCACAGCCUACCUGCUGAGGGGGACCCCUGCACCCACCAGGUACUGGUGAGGUUUGUCCGAUGGCGGCAGCGGCAGCAGCAGCGGCGGCAGCAGUGGCA